AUGAGUGCAGAUGUAUUAUUAUUGCAGACGGCGCUCAAUCUGCUGAAGAGUGCGGACGUGGCCACUGUCGUUGUUGGUGAACUUGUACUCAACUACUACAACGAUAUCGAGGUCUGCGUCCCCAGCUCUCAAUUCAGCGCGGCGGUGCGGGCGCUGAAUUCCUCUCCUCUUUUCAAAAAACUGCCUCCCAGAACUCCCAACCUGUUCACCGGAUACAAGAACUUGGGAACACGGCUUCGAGAGUUACGUUCUCAGCAGAUGGCCCAAUCUUGUUCGAUGCCACUCUUUUGGCGGAAUGUUGACCGCAUCAACUCAUCACACGGCCAUCGCCUUCUGGCGGCGGGUUGA